AUGGACUGCAUUCAGCAGACAGCACACAACAUCAGUGGCACUGACAAUGGCCAUUGCCGUCUGAGGUUAGUCGACUUUGAGGUUCAUGAAAACCACAUUUCCCAUGAGACUCAGGGUCUGAGCAAAAAACACCUGGUGGUGCGGCGAGGGAAACCGUUCAAGCUGACUCUGCGGUUCCGUGGCCGGUCAUGGAAUCCUCACAGCGAGGGCCUGGUCCUGGAGGUGUGGCUAGGGAGUCUGUCAGAGAGAAUCCCAGUCCAGUUCUCUGACAAGUGGCCCACCACGCAGCACUGGUCAGCCAAGAUCCACCCGGGCAGCGUGCACUCCGAGUCAGUCACCAUCCACAUCUGCUCCCCUGUUCAAUCCUCCGUGGCCCUGUAUAACCUCCGUUUGCACAUCGAGACCAGGCAGAACAUUAGGAGCUUCGCAAUGGGAUCAUUUGUCCUGCUUUGCAACCCCUGGCUGAAAGAUGAUCCAGUGUACAUGCCACACGAGGCCCAACUACAAGAGUAUGUCAAGAGCGAUUAUGGUUUGGUGUUCAUGGGCACCAAUCAAAAUGUUUGUCAGCGACCGUGGUCGUUUGGUCAGUAUGAGCCUGGCGUCCAAGAGGCAUGUCUGACGCUGCUGGAGGUCAGCCCUCAGCACCUCAGCGACGAAAGCAAGGACAACAUACUGCGAGCAGACCCAGUGUACCUCAGCAGGGUGGUCUGUGCCAUGGUGAACUGUAAUGAUGACCUGGGUAUUCUGCACGGGAAGUGGCAGGGCGGCUACCAGGGGGGGGUUAAUCCCACAGAGUGGAGCGGCAGUGCUGACAUCCUGCGUCGCUGGGUCGCAUCCAACUUUAGCCCCGUGCGCUACGGACAGUGUUGGGUCUUUGCAUCUGUCCUCUGCACAGUAAUGAGAGUGCUGGGGAUUCCCUCCAGGGUGGUGACGGUCUUUAACGCAGGUCAUGACACUAAUGCCAGCAGGACAAUUGAAGAGUUUUACUCGACCACGGGGGAGAAGCUCCACCUAUCUAAGGACAGUCUCUGGAACUUCCAUGUGUGGGUUGAGUGCUGGAUGAGAAGACCAGAUCUCAGUGCAGGGUUUGAUGGCUGGCAGGUAGUGGACCCCACACCCCAAGAGAAAAGUGCUGGUAUAUUCUGCUGUGGCCCAUGCCCUGUAGCUGCUGUCCAGCAGCGCUGCCUCAGUGCCCCAUACGACACCUCCUUCAUCUUUGCCUCUGUUGACGCUGACGUCAUACGGUUUAUUGUACGCAAUGGAGUGGUGGUGGGGAGGAUGGUGGACUCUGAGUUGGUGGGGCAGGUGAUCUGCACCAAGAGAAUUGGUUCAGACACCCCAGAGAAUCUGACACCUGCUUAUAAGAGGAAGAAAAGUAAGAGAGGUUCCUGUGGCUCUUCAUCUCCAGGACUAACGUCAUCUGGUUUGGAGGUGUCCCUAAACAUCAAAGGGAAGCCAUCAUUUGGUGACAGCAUUGGCAUGAGCGUAAAGGUCACUAAUAACUCCAGCGAGCCCAGGAUCCUGAUGGAACAUGUGGACGCUCAGAUUAAAGAGUACAACAGCAGCCCACAGGGGAGCUUCUGGAAAAUCCACAAAGAGGUGCACAUAUUCCCUUAUGAAGCUUUGACUCUGCAGCACACCAUCCCUGCGUCUGAGUACGAGUCGGUGCUGGCGGCUGACGAAUUUGUGAAUAUUGCAGUGGUGAUUAAGGACGUGCGGACUAAAGAAAGAGUCCUGGAUUCACAGGAAUUCAACAUAAGCUCACCGCAGAUAAGCAUUGAGAUCGAAGGAGGGGACAGCAUCCAGAUAAACAAGGAGCACACGGUCCAGGUGUCCUUCACCAACGAGUUUACAAAAACUCUGACUGGAGCUGUGCUGACAGUGGAGGGAUCUGGCUUGUUGAAAGGAAAACACGAGACCAGGCUGGCUCAGCUAAAGCAAGGCGAGAAGAUGGAGAACACUGUCUCCAUCAUGGCCUCUUCACCGGGCACCAAAGUGCUGAUGGCCACGUUCUCGCACAGCAACAGAGUUGUGUCAAGGAGCUUCCACAAAGUCUCCAUUAUUGAAGCAUAG